AUGCCACCCAAGUUAGAUUCGUCACAAGUAAUGGAUGUCUUCGUCUGUGUCGCUAGCGGUGAAGUGGGUGCCACCAGCCCCUUGGUGCCGAAGAUCAACCCCUUGGGUCUCUCCCCAAAGGUGGUGGGAGAGGACAUCGUCAAGGAGACCGCCAAUGACUGGAAGGGCCUUUGUGUCAUAGACAAACUCACCGUGCAGAACUGUCAGGCCAAAGUUACUGUAUUCCCCUCCGCCACUGCCCUUAUCAUCAAGGCCAUGAAGGAACCCGAGCGCAACCACAAGAAGACCAAGAACAUUAGGCACAACAGCAACAUCUCCCUCUUGACUCCAUGA